AGAGAUGCCCAGAUGCCCAGGUGAGCCGGAGGAGGUGGAGGUCCUGGUCUCCGAGGGCCCUGACCCCGAGUUUCCCGCGCAGUCUCCAAGCGGCUCGCUCAGACAUCCACGGGGAAGGCCCGGAACACGAUGAACAAAUUGAACUUCCACAAUAGCAGAGUCAUGCAGGACCGACGCAGUCUGUGCGUUUUCCUCCCCAACGACCAUUCCGUCAACAUCAUCGUAAACGUCAAAAUAUUGUGCCAUGAGUUACUGGUCCAGGUGUGUGACCUGCUGCGGCUGAAGGACUGUCACCUCUUUGGACUCAGCGUCAUUCAGAACAACGAGCACGUCUAUAUGGAACUGUCCCAAAAGCUCUGCAAGUACUGUCCGAAAGAGUGGAAGAAAGAAGCAAGCAAGGGUAUAGACCAGUUUGGCCCCCCCAUGAUCAUUCACUUCCGAGUCCAGUAUUACGUGGAAAACGGCCGGCUGAUCAGCGACCGAACGGCCCGCUACUAUUAUUACUGGCACCUGAGGAAGCAAGUCCUCCGCUCGCAGAGCCUGCUUCGCGAAGAGGCGUACUUCCUACUGGCAGCCUUCGCCCUGCAAGCCGACCUGGGCAACUUCAAGAGGAACAAGCACUACGGGAAAUACUUUGAGCCCGAAGCCUACUUCCCCGCCUGGGUGGUGGCAAAGAGAGGAAAGGACUAUAUCCUGAAGCACAUUCCCAUCAUGCACAAGGACCAGUGCGCCCUGACUGCCUCCGAGGCCCAUCUGCAAUACAUCAAGGAAGCUGUCCGGCUCGAUGACGUGGCUGUGCAUUAUUAUAGAUUGUAUAAGGACAAGAAGGAAAUCGAGGCCUCCCUCACCCUAGGGCUUACCACUCGAGGCAUCCAGAUAUUCCAGAAUGUAAACAGCGAAAGGCAAUUGCUUUACGACUUCCCUUGGACGAACGUGGGGAAACUCGUCUUUGUGGGCAAGAGGUUCGAGAUCCUGCCCGAUGGCCUGCCCUCUGCCCGCAAGCUCACCUACUACACCGCCUGCCCCUUGCGAUCGCGGCAUCUCUUGCAACUCCUGAGCAGCAGCCACCGACUCUACAUGAACCUGCAGCCCGUCCUGCGGCAGAUCAGGAAGCUGGAGGAGAGCGAAGAGAAGAAGCAGUACCGUGAGUCCUACAUCAGCGACCUGGAAAUGGACCAGUUGGAGAAGCGUUCCCGCGCCAGCAGCAGCAGCUCCGGGAGCAUGAAGCACAAGUGCGUGUCCCGCCUCUCCACCGCCAGCCACAGCAGCUCCCACACUUCGGGAAUCGAGGCUGACCCCAAGCCCAGGGGCGAGCAGGGGGCCGAGGACAACUUCCCGCUGCCCGCAGCCCACCACAAGCUGAGGGCCUGCAGCUCCCUGACCAGCCACGGAAGCUCCCACACUUCGGGCGUGGAGAGCAGCGAGAAGGAGCGGCUGGAGGAAGAAGAAGAAGACUCCUCCCAGGAUGACGAAAUAGAGAUGCUGGUCGAUGACCCCCGAGACCUCGACCCCACGAGCGAAAGGUCCCUGGGCGACGUGAGUCCCGAAGUCUGCAUUUACAUCACCGAGGACAUGCUCAUGGCCAGGAAGUUCAACGGCCACUCAGGAUUAGUCGUCAAAGAAGUCAGUUCGUCCACUUCCAGCUCCUCGGAGACCGUGGUCAAGCUUCGUGGCCAAAGCAUUGAUUCAUUGCCCCAGACGGCCUGCCGGAAGCCAAAGACCUCCACUGACCGGCACAGCUUGAGCCUGGACGACAUCCGGCUAUACCAAAAGGACUUCCUGCGACUGGCCAGCCUCUGCCAGGAUACGGCCCAGAGCUACACCUUCGGCUGUGGCCACGGGCUGGCGGAAGAGGGCCUCUACUGCAACGGCUGCUUAGCGCAGCAGUGCGUCAACAUACACGACGCUUUCCCCGUCAAGAGGACCAGCAAGUACUUCUCUUUGGAUCUCGCCCACGAAGAAGUCCCGGAGUUUGUCGUCUGACGCAGCCUCUUCGGAAACGCCUCCGGAGCUGGGUACUCGGGAGGGAGGUGGCCCGAGAAAGAGGACCGCCGGUUCCCUGGAUUAUUUCUGGUGCCAUAGCAGAGAUAUAUAGAGAUAUAUAUAUAUAUUCCCCAUCAAGAUCUCUUCUUGGAUACUACACAGAUAACUGUGUUGCACUUUGACAAAAAAAACGUGCCUGUCCCAAAGGCGGGUUCUUUCCGAAUCGAUGUCCGCGGCGGGAUUCGCUCUGGAAACACGGCGGUCUUCGGUUCUCGGAAAAGGGAGGGGGGCAG